AUGGCCUCGGCCCCGGCAAGAUUCGAGAUCGCUCCCAGAUCGGGACAGAGAUCUCUCGAUUCUUCGCGGGGCUCAUUUGCAGUCCCCCUGGCAUUCUCGACGCUUUCACAUGGCCUCCAACGCUGUCCUAUCACCCUAGAGCUCGAUGCAUGGGUCCACCCACACCUCCGUGCGCUCGACAGUCCCAGCCCGCUUCACCGCAACUGUCGUCAACCCGGCCAUACCCACGACGAAGAAUUUUUCGUCCCGCGCGCUGCAAGGGGCACCCAAUAUGUCUCCAAGCGGAAGUUGUCGAUCAGACUGACGUUGAAGGAUCACCAAACCUCGACUGCUAAAACAAUUAAACGUCACGAGUCGACCCGUCCUGAGAACAUCUAA